AUGCAGGUGUAUCGUGGGUUGGAGGCCAUAACAAAUAAGCAUCCCAUUGCGGAACGACGAGGAAUCCCCCAUCAUGUUAUGGAUCAUGUAGACUGGAAAGAAGAAUACUACAUUCAUCGGUUUACCAAAGAAGCGAAUACAGCCAUAGAUGAUAUUCAUUCCCGAGGAAAGGUUCCCAUAAUAAUUGGAGGUACUCACUACUACUUGCAGAGCUUGCUUUUUGAUAACAAGACCAUCACAGCAGAAAAAUCUGAUCUCACCGAAGAACAGUCACAGAUUCUUGAUGGCCCAGUGGAGACACUUUUCAGUACCUUACAGCAAUUGGACCCGGUAAUUGCUGGCAAGUUCCAUCCACAAGAUGGGCGUAAGCUUAGGAGGGCUCUCGAGAUCAUAUAUACCACGGGACAGAAUCCAUCUGAAAUUUAUAGAGACCAAAAGUUGGAAGAAUUAGAGGAUUCGUCUCUUCGAUUCAAUACCCUUUUAUUUUGGGUUUAUAGUGAUCCUGAGGUGCUCAAACCACGUCUAGACAAACGAGUCGAUAAUAUGAUGCAGGGGAGUGCAAUUGAUGAAAUAAAGAGCUUGUACGAGGUUUAUAAUGAAAUGGAACCUCGCCCUGACUGCACGUCUGGCGUGUGGCAAGUUAUUGGAUUCAAGGAAUUCUUACCGUGGUUAUCCGAUGGCCAGCAUUCUCUGUUUUUGGAUGGAGUAGAGAGAAUGCAGAUACGAACUCGACAGUAUGCCAAAUAUCAAAGUAAAGUGGAUCCGAAAGCUUUUGGGUGUGGAACUUCAAAAAGAAGCUCGGUUUGGAUACAAAUACGGAGGUAA